AUGACGAUUGAAAGGGAUAAAAAUCGACCAAAUAAAUUUUUCACAUUUGAAGAUGUUAAUAAACAUUUUAGUCAUGAUGAUUUAUGGAUUAUAGUUUAUAAUAAAGUAUAUGAUGUCAGUAGUUUUAUAAAAGAAGAGUUGCACCCUGGAGGUGCAGAAGUUAUCAUUGAAUUCGGAGGUUCGGAUGCCACUGAAGCCUUUGAUGAUGUUGCCCAUUCAAACGACGCUUAUGAAAUGUUAGAACCUUAUUAUAUUGGAGAUAUUGUAGUUAAUCAACAAAGGCAUUAUCAUUCAAAUAGAAAGAUGCUAAUGGAAGCUGAAGAAAAGAUGAAAAGGUUAAAACAAGAGAAAAUUCAAAGGGCCAAAGAAUGGAAACGUCAACAACAAUUAAAAAAGAUGAUGGAGAAUUUAACGAUUUUACUAUUAUUACUAUUAGCAUUUUGUACAAUAUUAUUUUACUUCCUAUUACAGAGUUUUAAAAGAAAUUAUUACGGUGAUUUCUUUCAGUAG